AUGGCGGUAAAGAUCCGAGACCACAAUGGACGAGAGGUUGAACACGGGCGAAAGAGACUGUCCACUGGUGUACGCGUGCAUUAUUACACAGCAGGCUCUGGACCAGCGCUACUGUUGCAGCAUGGCAUACCCAAAACAUCAUACUAUUGGCGAAAAGUCGUACCACGUUUGACCAAGAACUUCACGGUCGUUGUUCCAGACUUGAGAGGCAUUGGAGACUCAACCCAUCCAGAUUCAGGGUAUGAUAUGCCCACCGUGGCUGAUGACAUUGCCGAAUUGAUGGAACAACUGGGUCAUGACAAGUUUCACAUAGUUGGCGAAGACUGGGGGGCGGCAGCGGCGUAUCAAGUUGCUGUUCGACACUCAGAGAGAGUGUUGAGCCUGGUAUUCCAGGAAAUGUUGCUCCCAGGCUUGGGUCUAGAGGAAUGGGCAACCUUUGACUCUUCCAGGCCAGAAACACAUCUGUGGCAUGUUGCGUUCUAUCAUGUACGGGACGUUCCUGAAUUGUUGAUCACUGGAAGGGAGAAGGAAUAUUUUACCUGGUUCAUCAAAAAUGAAGCCCAUGAUCCGACAUCGAUCGAUGAUGAUGCUAUUGAAGAAUAUGUCAGAAGUGCAUCACAGCCUGGUGGAUUGAGAAGCAUCUUCAAUAUUUACCGAGCUACAGAAGUCAAUGUGAAGGCAAAUAAGGACUCUGCCAGAUCAAAACUUCAACUGCCUGUACUUGCCGUCGGUAGCAAGGAUUUUAUCGGCCAGGAGGUCGAGAAGCAGAUGAAGAAUGUUGCCAGUAAUGUUCAGUACACGGAGCUCAAGUACGGGCACCAGCUCGCGGAAGAAUGCCCGGACAGCCUAUCCGACACCUACCUAAAUUUCCUCAAGUCUCUGUGA